GUGGGCUAUAUUCGUGUCGCCGGCGCAUCGCUCGCUGCUGGUCCGGUUAUGCUGCCUCUGCUUACGUACUGCUGAGGGGGUUAGUCCGUAGUUGACGUUCGUUGCGUUUGGACGCUUUCACGCGUGGUAACAUCCUUACGACGGUUGGUUGGUUGGUUGAAGCCCUCGGAGGCGAUCGGGAAAGCAAGCAAGCAUUAUUUGGUCCUCAAAGUUCAGCAGAGAGAGGUACGAACGGCGAGUGAAGAAGAGUUUCGUUUGGUUCGGUCGUAGUCGGUGCAUGUGUUGAGGUCGGUGUGCGGUUAAGUUCGGUGGUACCGUGGCAGACUAGCUCAGCGCAAUUGCUGCUGGAGCCUACACCUGGAGUUCUUGGGCCGCCGUGGUUGAGUUGAAGAGGGGACGAGGGGUGUGUUGGAGAAAAAAAAACUCUCGUGUAACUUGAGAGCCCCAGUUUUCGGUCCAGUGCGAAGCGCGCGGAGUGUACCUUACCGGUCCGGUCGUCGGCUGUUGGUUGUUGUUCGGUGUUGAACGCUCUUUGGGGCUUUUUGUUUUGUUUGGUUUGGUUUUUCGGUUGGUUGCGGGUCAGCAGACUCAGCAUAACAAGUGCCCAUAGUUCUGGCGGAAGGGACGGCUGGAUGAGCAGCACAAGUGUUAGACUACAACAGUUGUUGGGUAGAUACUUUACGGCGACGAAGCAAGGUGGAGUGUUCUAGCUCGGUUUAUGUGAAGGAAUUCUAUGAACGAAACCAAAGUCGUUGGAAGACAUGUGCCAGUUGCUAGUGAAGAGUAAACUUCCCAUCGGUAAACGGUCGACUGGUGUAGAGUUGGUCCACUCGGGCCGGUACUGAUCCGGUAACACACGUACAGGAAAUUAUGCAAAUCCCUCUGGAGUGAGGUUCGAACAUGCCAUCCGCAACCGAAGUGUAGUCCACGCGACAGUUCGACAAGCCGCCCCACUACGGUGUCAGUGCGCCAGUGAUAAAUAUCGGGCGGAUUAGUGCCCGCCAUCCAAAUUGAAAACAUCGAACAUAAACACGACUUUUGGAGGCUGUGUUUUGAGUGCCCGGAUUGACAGGCGGAAAAAAAUACACACGAAAAAUAGCACCAUGCAGCCAAUAACAUCAUCACCGUUCGUCAAUGUGGUGGCUGCGGUAGUGACCGCGGCUGUGCUGUUGGUGGCCCGAGUUGGGCACAUUUCGGCGGCCACCGCCACCAGCGCCGUUUAUGUGGAAAAAUCCGCGUACAAAAAUGUCGUCAUCGAGAUAAGGGAUAACGUACCGGUGGAAAACUGCCAAACCAUCCUGCACAACGUGGAGAUCAUGCUAACAUCGGCUUCGCAAUACCUUUUCUCGGCGCUGGACGGCCGGGUAUACUUCGGCGAAAUUACGGUAAUUCUGCCGCCUCAUUGGCCCAACUCAUGCAUUCCGUACAACCAAACGAGAACAUCUGCCAGCGGAGAACGUAGCGACGUAACGAUCAAGACCCAUUCGAAAACCGAAUCACCCAUCUGGACCAAGCAGUACGCGGGAUGCGGCGAGCCCGGAGAACAAAUCUUCAUCGAGUCGGACAUUUUGGGUAGGGAUACCAUUGGGCGGGAGUUCGUCCGGGAGUGGGCCAAGUACCGAUACGGCGUUUUCGAUGAAAUCGGUUUCACCAAAGACCCGGUCUAUCCACGGUGCUACAUCAACGACGAUCAUGAGCUCAAGCUGACCGGUUGCUCCGACGCGCCCGUCCACGAUCGGGGUCUUUGCGGCAACCCUUCGUCCUACAACAUCACGGACAUCAUCGAUCGCAACGCCCGAUCCAGUAUCAUGUUCGCUGCAGAGUCCCCCAGCGUAACCAUGUUCUGCGACGAAGGAACCCACAAUCGCUACGCCCCAACCAAACACAAUCAGCUCUGCGAUCGCCGCAGCACCCUGGAUGUCAUUUUGAAACACUCGGACUUCAUCAUGGAAAACAAGAUCAACGUGAACCCAUCGGUCAUCGUCAACACUGCCCCCAAGUUCAGCUACAAAACCCGAAAGUCCACCCGCUACGUCAUCAUCAUCGACGAAACUCUCGACAUGCAGCUCCGCGAAUCCUGGAGCUUCCUGCGCUCCGCCAUCCGAAAAUGGGUCGUUUACGACCUCCCGGCCAACACCGAAGUCGGCAUGGUCCUUGCCAACGACACUGCCACCGAAAAAAUGCUCCAAAUCUCCUCGCUCUACAUCCAAGAGAACAAAGACCUCGUAGCCUCCUUCAUCCCGUACUCCCCUAGCGACUCUCGGCAACCCGCUUGCCUAACCUGCGCCGUCACCGAUGCCAUCCACAUGCUCAACGAACGCACCCGCAUGAACGGCCCUGCCAACUCCAUCAUCCUGAUCAUCGCCCCCGGCAUGGAGUACUCCAUCGAUCACACCGCUCUGUCCAACUCUGCCCGAACCUCCCACAUCCGCAUCGCCACCAUCAACUACCCCAACGUCAUCCGCCGCCAACCGCUAGACGCCCUCGCCCUGUCCACCGGUGGCACCGCCCACUCCGUCUUCGAAAGCAAAUACAACCUGGAAAAGAGCUACAUCAGCACCUACUUCGAGCUGUCCAACACGCUCUUUAACAUCGGCAAGCAGUACUACGAAGGCAAUCGGAACGACCUCCCGAUCGAAAUCUACCGCAAGGAGCUUGUCGAUUCGUACGACAACGAAGCCGCCCUCGGCCUCUCUCAUCACGUGCUGUCGAAGCGGACCAGCCGCACCGUCACCGGAAGCUUCACCCUGGACUCGUUCAUGGGCCCUCCGGCGUACUUUUUCGUGUACGUGCACAACACGGAGAACCCGCUGAUCGCGAGCAUGAAGCUGACCAGCCCGAGCGGCAUCGUUUACUCGUCUAGAAGUGACGCUAGAUCGUUGGUUAAGCAACUGAUGGUGUCCGCUACGCUGAACGAAACCGGCAGCUGGACCUACAAGAUUGACCGGUUCAAUGGGAAUCCGCAGUCCCAUUACGUGCAGGUCAUUGCCACGCCACGGUCCAAGUACGCUCCCACUAUCCAGGCUAGGGCGUGGAUCAGGCAGCGCACUGGAAGCCCUCCGGUGAUUUACGCAGAGGUCAAGAAGGGUGACCUGCCGAUCAUCGCUGCGUUGGUGGAGGUUACAGUGACGCGCCCGGACGGAAUCUGUCCCACGGGUAGUGGAAACGAGUGUCGUCAGAAGAUUAGACUGUUGGAUUCGGGAUCGGGAGAUCCGGAUGUAACGAGGAACGAUGGAAUUUAUUCCAGGUAUUUCAACGCCGAUGACUUUGGGGGCGCGGGAGCUUAUCAGUUCGAGGUCACUAUUACGGAUAACGAGAAUAUGGCGUACAGUCGAUCGGAGAGUGUGCUGAAGGGUGCUCCUCCUAGGUGUUGUGGAAGCGCCAUUAGGACGACCUUGAUGGCAUCCAUGGUAUCGUUCCAAAGAACGCUGCAGCCGAUGACCGUGUUCUUGUCGCAGGAUUUGUUAGACUCGAUUGGACAUAGGACGAUGGGGAAGAUCAGCGACCUUACAGUGGAUGUCGAAGGGAUGAGAGUUCGCUUGAACUGGACCACACCGGAUAUGGGAGGGCGAGGAAUCGCUCGGUACGAAAUCAAGUACGCUACGUCAAUCCGAGACAUUGUUGACUUCUACGAUACGGCAGCUUUCCUCUGGCAUCACGAUACGCCGUUGAUCAAUCCGAUUGGAGAAGAGAGUUCCUUCACGAUGAACCUCUCGCACGAACCGCAUUUGAUAGGGCAAGUCCUGUAUUUCUCCGUUAGGGCUCAUGCUCUGGGAGUCAUGGGAGGCUCAGUUUCAAACUACGUUCGUGUCUUCGUACCAAAACCAAAGCGGGCAACUUCACUGUCUCCAUCGACGUCCAUUGGAACCGAAAGUUAUGGAGACGUUUGGUCCUCAUACGAUGAGAUCCGCGAGGGCCACAACCGACGCGUAAACAUUCACCAGCGCAUAGCCGAUACGAUCAGCUUAGAAGUCGAAGUCCUUCUGGCGAUCAUCGCCGGAACGAUAUUCUUGAUCAUCAUCAUUCUUAUCUGCUGCUACUACUACUUUCUCAAAAAGCGUAACAUUACCCAAGAGGACGACCAGAAACGACCGAUCAAACCCUUUCCAACCGAAACCAAAACUUCACUCGGACACAGUGUCUUUGUAACCCCAGGAAACGUCACUUCCUCCUCAUCGAACGCCACUAGCUCAACGUCUGCCUCUCCGCACUACGUUCAACAAACCAACGUAUCCACCAAUAUCCCAACCAUCUACAACUCUCGAACCCUGCCCAUCGAACAGAAACUCAUCGACGAGCUCAAGCAGCAACAGCAGAUGGCCGAAACGCAGUCCUACAUUCUCGCCCAAGCCGACACCAUGCAGUACAACGCUACCCUAACCCGAGGUUUCAAACCCGGCCCGACCAUCACCGACAACCGAACGCUGAGCCCGUUUGAGUCGUGGUCCGCCUCGCAGCUGCUCCAAGAGCACGAGCAACACCAACGUCGGCGAAGUCCCAGCCUGCUGGACAACUACCUGGACAACGAUGUGCAGCAGUUCUAUGCCAGCCAACACGAUCAGAUGUCUCUGCUGAACGCCGGCGGAGGCCACACCAUGGGUCACAACCCGCCGGUGCCUCCACCGCCGAUCUACUCCACGGCAAACCCCCCGUACUUCUACGAACAGCAUCAACAGCAGCCACCACCACAACACCAGCCGCAGCAUCACCUACAACAGCAACAGCAACUGCAGCAGCAAUACGGAGGUCACGAUGGGACGAUGAAUCCCAUGACGACACCGCUGCACGUCACCAUAACGUAAUGGGAAGCCCGGAAGCUGCAGUACCGGGCCGGUCAGUGUGUACCUAAGACUAAGAUUACUAAGAUGUUGAACCAGCAGAGCGAUGCUUCCUCGCAACCAAAGCUGAAGUGUGCGAUCGGACGUCGAUUGCUUCGGAUGCGAACAAAAGCGACGGCGGAGCAUGAUGCGUGGUGGCUGUGAAUCAAAACAAGUGGGAUGCGAGAAAGAGAGACGGAGAGAGAGGGAAUGAAUGUGAGAGAUUGAGAGCAAGGAUCUGAUGCUUUUAUAAACCAAUUCAGCAAACCGAUGCGGAAUUUUAAUUGCCAGAAAGACUGAUUUCAUGCUAACGGCAUUUUUAUGGAUUAGUUAUGAGAAUUUUGCAACAUGCCGGAAUUGAUCUCCCCAAACAAACCAGCGAGCGCAGAGUAGCGUCUUCGCGCAGAAUGCGCGCGCAACCGUGGCAUUAUUGAUAGAAUUUUAAUUAUGUUUUAGCGCGCGCAGUUCGUACGUCGUAUAAGCAAGCAGGCACUUCCCCGCCAUGUGUAAAUAAAGUAACAAAAAAAAAACAAUGUUAUUGCUCAGAGCAGAGCCCGCAGUCCGAACGAAACAAUAAGUGUCCCGCGGAAAGGGAUUUAGUGUGGGAAUUGAAUGCGUGUUGGUUGUUGUUGCUAGUCCGCGCAUUACCUACAUUCGAAUCAAAGUGUUAAACUGUAAGUUGCUUUGAGAAGGUUGGAUUGGACACCGCGCGGUGAAAGUACGCGCAAUGUUGUAUAUGUGGGUCGGGUCAAAUCGGGGUAUAAGAGGAGGCAAGAUGGCCAGUUUAAUAGAAACGUUAUAGAUCAAUACAUAGGCAGUAAGAUGAAUGAUGAUCAUGAAGAUGAUGAUAUAUUGUACAUAGAAAGUUGUAAUAAAUAAAGAUACAAAUGCUAUGAAUCGUA